AGCGCGAGGACGCGGUGCCCAACAUGGCGGCCGCCUGGCCCGCGGGUCGGGCUUCCCCAGCGGCGGGGCCUCCGGGCCUUCUCCGCACUCUGUGGCUCGUGACGGUCGCCGCGGGACACUGUGGGGCUGCUGCCUCUGGCGCUGUCGGGGGCGAGGAGACGCCCAAGUGUGAGGACCUCAGGGUGGGACAAUAUAUUUGUAAAGAACCAAAAAUAAAUGAUGCUACGCAAGAACCAGUUAAUUGUACAAACUACACAGCUCAUGUUCAAUGUUUUCCAGCACCCAAAAUAACUUGUAAGGAUUUGAGUGGUAAUGAAACACAUUUUACUGGAAAUGAAGUCGGUUUUCUCAAGCCCAUAUCUUGCCGAAAUGUGAAUGGCUAUUCGUACAAAGUGGCAGUUGCAUUAUCUCUCUUUUUGGGAUGGCUGGGAGCAGAUCGAUUUUACCUCGGAUAUCCUGCCUUAGGCUUGUUAAAAUUUUGCACCGUAGGAUUUUGCGGAAUUGGGAGCCUAAUUGAUUUCAUUCUUAUUUCAAUGCAGAUUGUUGGCCCUUCAGAUGGAAGUAGUUACAUUAUAGACUAUUAUGGAACCAGACUUACAAGACUCAGCAUUACUAAUGAAACAUUUAGAAAAACCCAGCUGUACCCAUAAGUGUUUAAAAAGAUAAACAGAUUUGAGCCUCCCUGAUUUCAAUCAAGAGCCCCUGUGUGUGGAAUUCCAGAUUUUUCUUUUCCUUUAGUAUCACUUUAUGGGUUCUAGAUGAUGUUUUGACAUGUGCUCAACCUUGAUUUGUUGAUUUAGUUAAAAUAUACUAUUCCUAGAUUUAUUUAACAGUCUUUCUUAAAAUCAGUAUACUAUUUUAGUGGACUUCUGUCUCUAUGAGAUAGCUAGUCCAUUACUGUUACUAUUGUAUUACUGUCAUGUUCUUUACAUGUCACUUGUCAUUUUUAUUUGUGAAAAAUAAAAAGAUAAUUUAUUCACA